GGCCCUUUCCCAUCGACCUCCCCCGCAGAGAUUCCUGCUCGCGCGCUCACGCCCCCUGAAGCGCGCGGCGGCGGCAGCAGCGUUGGUGGCUGAGCGAAUCGGGGUAUCGUCAGCCUCCCCCUGCAGACCCUUCCUUCGGCGUGCUGGAAAACCGAUAUUUUUAGCGCCCGGUUCGUGUUGCAGCGCCGCAGUGGCGAGAAGCUUCUCGGGUCUCUGCGCCACAGUUUGAGCCGGAGUCGCGCGCGGGGCACCAGAGAGCUGCGUGACGCCGAGAGCGCGCGUGGGCUCGUUAGCACGAGCAGGAAGAUAGCGGACGGGGAGGGGGGACGGGACACUUAGCAGCGUAUCACCCCCGUCCGACUUCAGUCCUGGUUGGACGGCCUGCCCGGAGAUGGCCAGUCCUGCGUGUACAGAUUUAGCAACGUCGCCACGGGAGCACGGGACGGUGGAGCAGAACCAUCCAGAACCAGCCUGCCUGGAGGCGCAGAAAUGGAUAGAGGCCGUCACUGGGAAGAGCUUUGGUGACAAGGACUUCCGCAGCGCGUUGGAGAAUGGCAUCCUGUUAUGCGAACUGCUGAGUGCAAUCAAACCAGGGCUGGUCAAGAAGAUCAACAGACUGCCCACACCGAUUGCUGGACUGGACAACCUGUCCGUCUUCUUGCGGGGCUGCGAGGAGUUGGGUCUGAAAGGCUCCCAGCUAUUUGACCCAGGAGACUUACAAGACACAUCCAUACGCGCUAACUUGAAGGACUCGGACUGCAACCGCAAAUUGAAAAAUGUGCUAAACACUGUAUUCUGGCUUGGGAAAGCUGCCAGUGGCUGUGCCUCUUACAGUGGCCCCACGCUCAACCUCAAGGAGUUUGAAGGUCUUCUGUCUCAAAUGAAGAUGGAGAGUGAGGAAGGAGGGGACAGUCCUCAGAGGCGCAGUGUCAGAGACAGCGGCUACGACUGCUGGGACUCAGAGAGGAGCGAGUCCCUGUCUCCACCAAGACAUACUCGUGACGACUCCCUGGACAGUCUGGAUUCAUUUGGGUCCCGCUCGCAGCACAGCCCUUCCCCUGAUGUGGUGAAUCGAAGCAAUGGCGAUGCACGAGGCAGCGACUCCGAAGCUGAUGCCUCAGGCAGGAAGCCAGAUGUGCGGAAGGAUGACAUGUUGGCCAGAAGGACUGCCAGCUCUGAAUCAAGAAGCUCCAUCCCCUUCAACCAGUUUCUUCCUAAUCGAGCCAAUGCCAGCUCUUACAUCCCGGCUCCACGUCGAAAACAGCAUCCAGAAGAGGGAGAGCAGCGAAGUCACCCUCAAGCCUCAUCAGAACAAAGUAAAAGAACUGGACUGCAUUACAAAGCUCCCAAGACUGUCACUUGGGCACCUGAGAACAAUGGUGAAAAACUAAAACAGGAAGAGGAGAUGGCCACCCAGGAUGUGAUGGAGCAGAGGAAGCUGCAGAAGUGCGAGAGGGCAGGGAUUAAAGUUCUUCCUGCUGCCGUCCGCUACAGAAGCCCUCCUAUUAUGGAGGAAGAAGAAGUCAGGUCGCCGUCGCCAACCAUUGUCCUACGCUGCGAUAACGAUUUUUUGAACUCGCAUAAUUCUGCGUGUGAGUCCUCGUCUGAUGGCGAGGAAGAAGUGGAAAAACGGAAAAUUCCUGAUGUCCGUAAAGAUGACUUAGCAUCUAGGCGAACCCAUCAUGGCCCUGCUGCUCCCAAUGUGCACCAGUUCCUGCCCCCUCCUGUGUGUACCGACAAAGACAGAGAGCGCUGGGAGGGCAUCCGACGAGCCUCCCAGCAAACAUUACAGGAGAAGGAGAUCAGUGAGAGAGAAGCAGUACCUGACAUCAUUACUCGCAGAGAAAACCCCUUCCUAAAGGAAGAUGAGGAAGAUGAGGGAGAAGAGAGGAAAGUUAAGGCGAUUCCCAAUAAGCAGCGGGAUGACCUGGCUCUUAGACGGGCUCAGAGUAAAGCCCGCCCACACAGGGAUGGACCAAUGAGCUUUGUCUCCUCAUCCAUGAGCCAGGCAGAUAUGCAGAAGUGGGAGAGACUCAAGAUGACUGAACCAAGUGACAGUAGGCCAGCCCCUAUGUGUCAGGCUUGUCUGGAGAAAAAUUAUGGGAACCCUUUCAGCGGAUCAGCAAAGGCUGGACCAGGUCACAGCAAAGUUGUGACCUUUGGGGGUGUGACAGAGAUCGAGCAGCCCAUAGACACAGUCAUGUCAAGUGAAGGGGAGGAGACGGAGUUGCUUAGACGACUCCUUUCCAAGGCAACUGUAGCCAUGCCUACCAUUGGCCUGGGCUCCCAGCUUUCAGAGCGGGAACGCAGCCAUGUGGAUGGAGCUGACCCCGGUCAAAUUUCCCCACCCUCCGUGGACCUCCAACUCUUGACUCCCGAAGCCACUCCCACCGCCGCUGAUAUAGAUGCUCGUCUAGCUCUGUAUGUGCAGAGAACAGAGGAGGAGGAGGAGGAGGAGGAGCAGGAGGGGGAAGAGGAAAGAAUCCCAGAUCUGCAGAAAGAUGACAUGAUGGCAAGAAGGACCGGGGUUUUUCAUAAAAAACGCACCACUCAGGUGACUUACAACCGGUUCCUGCCUCUGCCUGGCUCCAAGCGCUGCACUCAGGACGAGGUCACCACAGAUGCAGCUCCGCGGAGCAAAAUGAAAGUGCAGGCAGAGAGAAACAAGAAAUUCAGCGCCAGAGUGGAGCAUCAGCAUCCCAGUAAUCCCAUGGAAACACCUCAACGACAGCUUGAGCCGAGAGCGAUCCCAGGUGAAUGUGACGAUAAUGGGGAUGAGUGUGAUGAAAACGAGUCUGUGCCGGACCCCGAGAAAGAUGACAUGAUGGCUCGAAGGACCAGGUCGUUUCAAAAAGCCAGUGCUGUCAGAGCAAAUCAGUCCUUCAAUCAGUUCCUACCUGUACCUGGAACAGCCAAACACAGCAUCAGCCCGGUUUCUGCAAUGAAGCAGCCACACAGCAAAGCUAAACUCACAGAAAAGAUGGACAGAGACAGUAUUGUUACCAUGGCAGCAGAACAUCAGGCCCUGCCCUCCAAAGCCCCAGUCAGCCCUACAUGUCCCGGGCUUAAGAAGAGGCAACAGGACGAAGAGCGAGAGAAGGGGGACGCGAUGAUUGUCCAUAACCCCACUGUCAGCAGUGUUUCUGAACCCCCCUCUCCUCCAUCACUUACACCUCCACCCAGUCCUGCCCCUUCCAGGGUCUAUAGAGAGGAGGUGAAUCUGGAGAGGCAGGGGGUAGAGGAGAGAGUACAGGUGGAGGAGAAAGAAAGGGAUGACAAUGAGAAACCACAAAAGAAACCCUUUUGGCUUGAGGAUGAGCUACCUCCAAUAAUGAGCGUGAGUAUGAGUGACAUUGCUAAUGAGGAAGAAGUGGGACACUUACCAACUCUGAGCCAAUCCCGAUAUGAGCGCAUGCAUGAGCAGUACAACAGUUUCAAAGAGGAGGAGGACCACUGGCAAGAUGAUCUGGCUCGUUGGAAGAAUCGACGCCGGAGUGCCUCACAGGAGCUAAUCAAAAAAGAGGAGGAGAGGAAGAGAAUGGAAAAAAGGAUGAGGGAAGAGGGUGGUGAUAAGAGGAAAAGUAUUAAGACCUACAAAGAGAUUGUGGAGGAAAAGGAGCGCAGAGAAGCAGAGUUGUGUAAAGCCUACAGAAAUGCAGCCACUCCAGAAGAGGCGGCAUUGGUUUUGCAGCGUUACGCUCUCCGCUUCACCAUCAGCGAUGCAACACUAGACAGCCUAAAACUGCCCAGGUCCACCUCUAAACCCAAACAGGAGCAGAAUCAGAAGCACAGAGCAUCAUCACCUGUCGACAAUUCAGAAGGGUUGGACUACUCGCACAAAGCAGGCUCAGCUGUAGUGAUAGAGAAAAAUCAGGGACCUGCAAAACCUGAGGAGAAGGGGAAAGAAGCAGCUCAUGAGCAAGGGAACUCAGGUGCCAUCUCAGCCAGCUUGACAACUCCAAAUAGUCCUCAAAAUGUGCCACCUCAGUCCCUACAGCUCCGUGAAGCACCGACCCAUCCGUCAGGGUCUCCAGACACACAUCGACCACAGACCAAACCAACUUUGCCUCAGGAUACUCACGCAGAUCUUCAACCAGCCCGGCCCGCACACACUGCCCCUUCCCCUCCACCUCCUCCACCCUCCAGACCUGUCCCUCUGCUGGUGGCCAAGCCCUACUGCCAACCCAGGAACGCGCCAUCUGGACACAAGUCUGUCAAGAUGGAAAGGUUGGUGCGGGUGAACGGAGAAGCGACGACAGAAGAGUUCACUGUUUCCUCUCCACCCACCACCCUGCUGGAGCUGCAACAAGAAAACAAUGAUGUUUCCCCCAAGCAGACAGAGAAAGAUGUUUCCCCCAAGCAGACAGAGAAAGAUGUUCCUCAUGAGGAGGCAGUGGAAAAUCCAAAGACAGCAGAGCAGCGGGCACCCCCACUAAUGGAAAAACCAAGUCCAAGCUCAGGCUCUGCCAUCAGCUCCCUGAUUGGAGGCCGCAACUGUAUAAUCACAACCACUAUUGUGACAGAACUCACGCAAACUUACAUAGAGCCGCUUCAACCAGACACCCAAAGUAAUGGAAAGGCUGGGACUACAGGGUUGCACGAGACUCCGAUGGAGAACACAAAUGCCAAGUUGACUGCACCGCCUAGCAGCAAGCAAGAAUAUUCUCCCACUGUCACAGAGGGACUUGAAGAGAGCAAUGUAACUAUUGAGACCCCCAUGUUGAACUUGGCUAAACGUGUUAAUCACUGGGUCUGGGACCCCAAUGAGGAGCGUAAUCGCUUGGAAAGAUGGCAACAGGAGCAGGAACGCCUCCUUCAGGAACAAUACCAGAGAGAACAAGAGAAGCUGAAGAAGGAAUGGGAGAAAGCACAGAUAGAGGUGGAAGAGGAGGAGAGAAAGCACAACGAAGAGGAGAGACGAAUUCUGGAAGAAACUGUCACACCCCUCAGUCCCACCGGUUUGUUGCAACAGCAGCCAGGAAACCCAGUGACUGCUUUGUCUGCGAUAGAAAAGGACAGCAUAGGAGGAUUAAAGGUGUACGUGCAGGAGAAUGGACAGAACAUCUCCAGGGGCAAAGAGGACCAGCAUUCUUCGAAGCUGCACUUUUUCCAGGAUUCCGGAUGUGAUAGUGAACCGUCAAAGAAACUGGAAUUGUGGAAAACAUCUUCCCUGGACCGCAACCCUCAGCUGAGCCAGACACAGAAUGUUAAAAGAUCAGGAUCACAUGAAGGUGUACUAAGUAAACAGCAGUCUUCCCCUUCAACGCCUCUGCCCCCCUCACCCAGCAGGUGUGUCAGUGGGAAGCGCCUGUGCUCUGGUUGUUCGACACCUUUGGGAAAAGGAGCUGCAAUGAUCAUUGAUACUCUGGGACUCUUCUUCCACAUACAGUGUUUCAAGUGUGGAGUGUGCAAUGGGCAGCUGGGUGACACCACAGCAGGGACUGAUGUACGAAUUCGCGGUGGGAAGCUGAGCUGCCAUGAAUGCUACUAUGCAUCCCGGGGAACGCACACACAGCUUGAACACGUGUUCCUGACAGAGAAACUGGGCUGA